AUGGCGGCCAAGUCGGACGGCAGCGGCUUCUCGCAGCUGCACAACCUCGACGACCACCACUAUCACCACCACCACCAUCAUCACCACCUGGCCGGGGGGGCCGCUGCCGCCGCCGCCGCCGCCGCGGGCCAGGGGGGCUGCGGUGGUGGCGGAGGCGGCGGAGGCGGCGGCGGGAGCUCGGACGACGAGGCCGGCGGGAGCAGCUCCAUGCACAUCUGCCACUGCUGCAACACGUCGUCGUGCUACUGGGGCUGCCGGAGCGCCUGCCUGCGCAGCCUGCUGGGCCGGGGGGCCGGAGGAAGCGGGUCGGGGGCCGGAGCCUCCGACCCGCUGGCGCCGGGGGCCGGCGGUGGCGGCGGAGGAAGCGGCGGCGGAGGCGGCGACGGGCCGUCGGCGGCGGGGCUGGCGGUGGAGCGGCCGUGGCUGGACUGCCUGUGGAUCGUGCUCGCUCUGCUGGUGCUGGUGGGCGACGUGGGCACCGACCUCUGGCUCGCCCUCGACCACUACGGCCGCCGCGACUACCUGUGGUGCGGCCUGACGCUGGCCUUCGUGCUGCUGCCCUCCGUGCUGGUGCAGAUCCUCAGCUUCCGAUGGUUCGUGCAGGACUACACCGGAGGAGGCCUGGGCGCCGUGCAGGGCCUCACCAGCCGAGGGCCUCCCAUGAUGGGGUCCGUCGGGGCCGGCCGCCGCGCCGGGCAUCGCCACUACCACGGCGCCGGCGGCACGCCCGGAGCUCAGCGCCUCUGCAGGCUCUCCGUCUGGAUUUGGCAGUCCGUCAUUCACCUGCUGCAGAUGGGACAAGUCUGGAGGUAUAUCCGAACCAUGUACCUGGGGAUCCAAAGCCAGAGGCAAAAGGAACACCAGCGGCGCUUUUACUGGGCUAUGAUGUACGAGUAUGCAGACGUCAACAUGUUGCGCCUCUUGGAGACUUUCCUCGAGAGCGCCCCACAAUUGGUGCUACAGCUCUGCAUAAUGAUCCAAAAGAACCGUGCAGAAACCUUACCAUGUGUGUCCUCUGUCGCCUCCCUGAUGUCCCUGGCUUGGGUGCUAGCCUCGUAUCAUAAGCUUCUCCGGGACUCUAGGGAUGACAAGAAGAGCAUGAGCUACCGAGGGGCCCUUAUCCAUCUCUUCUGGCGUCUCUUCACCAUCUCAUCCAGAGUGAUCUCUUUCGCCCUCUUUGCUUCCAUCUUCCAGCUCUAUUUCGGGAUCUUUCUGGUGGUCCACUGGUGCGCCAUGGCUUUCUGGAUCAUCCAUGGCGGGACAGACUUCUGCAUGUCUAAAUGGGAGGAGAUUCUCUUCAACAUGGUGGUAGGGAUUGUGUACAUUUUUUGCUGGUUUAAUGUCAAGGAAGGGCGGACCAGAUACCGAAUGUUUGCCUAUUACACUGUAGUCUUGACGGAGAAUGCUGCCUUGACGCUCCUUUGGUAUUAUUACAGAGACCCCGACACCACUGACUCGUACGCUGUGCCAGCGCUCUGUUGCGUCUUUCUUAGCUUCGCCGCCGGGGUGGCAUUGAUGCUCUUGUACUACGGCAUCCUGCAUCCCAUGGGGCCAAGAGCUAAGAUCUUUGCCAGCUCCUGUUGCGCCGAACUGCUCUGGGGCAUUCCUUUGCCCCCUGAUGUUGAACCCAUGGCUCCCCAGACCCCAGGGUACAGGGCGGCCCAGGCAACGCCCACCAGAGCGGCCACGGAGCAACAGGAGGAACUCACGGCUGAGACUUGCUUGCCAGUUUUCCAAGUGAGAGCGAUGGUACCCUCGACUCCGUCCGGGAGGCCCUACCACCCAGAAGGCCCUCUCAUUAAGAUAGACAUCCCAAGGAAGAGGUACCCGGCUUGGGACGCCCAUUUUGUAGACAGGAGAUUAAGAAGGACUAUAAACAUUCUACAGUACGUCACCCCGACCGCCGUAGGGAUUAGAUAUAGAGACGGACCUCUCUUGUAUGAAUUGCUACAGUACGAAUCUUCACUUUAAAAGCUCCUUUAAACACAAGCACACAUACAAACAUGCAGACACACAGACACACACAGACACACGCACACACAUGACACACACGACACACACACACACACUGUCACAGACAAACAACAAAAGAAUUAAAAGAGGGAAAUUGGGGGCGGGGAAAGGCGGGUUAAAUGUUUACGGUCAUGAACACAGCUCAUGAAACUAACCUUCCAAUAAGUUUUCUUUCUGGUUGCUCUGUAUGUAUUUAACUAUAUAUAUAUAUAUAUAUAUAUAUAUUUAUAUAUAUAUAUAUAUAUGAGAAUGAGAGAUCCUCGAUGUUUUGUAAGUAAAAACAAAAAGAAAAACUUUCCUUUUGUUUUUUACGCGCAGGAGAAGAAGAAGAAGGGAAAAAAACAAAAAAACCAACAACGCAAAGCCAACCAGUAUUUUCAAACUUCCACGGCUUUCAGAGGUCGGAGUAAAGCAAACAAGCUCCGCCUCUGAGUUUUAUACCUUACACCAAGUGUAGGACAUUAUCAUAGGGAUUGGUGCUGAUUGAAAAUAAUAAUAAUACUAAUAAUAAAAAAUAUAUAUAACAAACAAACAAAAAAACCUACAACUGCCUUAUGCCCUUAGGUGCUGAGUUUCAUUAUGUACUGUCACCUCCCUCAUGCAAAGCUCUUUGACGGUUUUAACGACAGAAAUUAUAUAUAUAUAUACAUAUGCGCGCACGUACAAGACGGGUGUGCGCAUAUACAGUUAUGUCUAUAUAUGUAUAUAAAUAUAUAUAUAUGAAACUAGAUUUUUUAAAACAAAAAUCAGAUGAAGAGGAAAUAUAAUUGCUCUUAUUAGAUUGGCGCAAAAAGAAAAAAGUGAAAAUGCCCACGCUUAAACUUGAAGAGGGUCCAUGUUCGUUUUAUGAUUUGGCAUGGGAGUUGUUUUAAUUGAACGUAUUUCAGUUCCUUUUAUGCAGGCCAGUCUGUUUGUAAUGUUAUAACUGCAUUCCUGAUGGGGGGUGGGGGGUUAAUGGGUGGGGAAGGGGAAGGGGAAGAGGAAGGGGUGGUACUUUUAUGUUUCGCUAUACUGAGCUUGUAUCUCAGGGUGUAAUCCUAUUUCUUUCCAAGCCAAUGAAAAUCCAGUUUUUGACUUGCACCCGCUGUGCCGCAACUCACCAAUUGAUACGUCUUUGGGCAGCCAGGCAGUCUUCAGCCAGUCUCUCUUGCGGACCGGGCACCCAGUUCACUCAAAUGGUGGAAGCUGGCUCAUGGACCCCCCUAAAAAAAUCCUUGUGCACAUCAGUUUCUUCCAUUGAACUGAAUAGGGAACCCAUUGCAUCAGCAGACUGCAGCUUGCCUGCCUGCAGAAAAUAGCUGGAGGGGGGAAUCAGUCCCGCCCCACCCACAAAACAAGUUAUUUCAUUGGUUUUCAUUGCAAUUGAUAUUGGGAUCAAUACAAAACAAAACAAAAACUUCUCUGAUUUGUUUCUGGAAGCAAUUUUUUUUUUAAAAAAAAAGAUGGCCUUUAACUCUUAAACUGAGUACCAAAUACUAAUGAUGAUCACGGUGAGGAUUACGAUAACAGAACUUAAAAAGUAUUUAUUUAUUUUUUAAGUUCCACCAUGGCUUUCCCCUUCCCCUCCCCCAAUCAUUCUCAGUCUUAAUAAAACUCAGCAUAGUAGCAAAAAGAAAGUCAAUUUAAAGGCACAGUUCUGGAGCUUUGGCUGGUAAUUGGGCUUUGAUCUGCAGGCUUCAUUUUAAGGCUUUAAAGAGGGACACGUCAAUUGAACGUUGUAACGGUGCGUCUCGUUUCGUGUCAGCCUUAAAGUGAUCUUAAAACGGUAUUCUGUGAUUUGUUUGUGUUUUUUUCUAUUUUCUAAAGAAGGACAACAAAAAUGAAAAGCGAAGGAUGGGGAUUAGUUCAUCACUGGCGUGUUUCCGGCAAAAAUUUGGUGCUUAACAUUUCUGUUGUUUAAUCGUUGUGAUGGUUUAGCCAAGAAUUGCUUGGCUUCGCUCAUAGUGCUUUCUGGGGGGAGCUGCAGAAACAAACUGGCUUUCUUUCCCUGGUGCUCUUUCCUGUAUGUCCGUAGGAAGGAAGACAGCAUCCAGCAACAUAACAGCUUAGCGUAGAGUUCCACCAACCUCAACGUUUUGACCUCGGCUUGCAGGAAAACUGAAAAGCUAGACUCUUCGUUUUAACAUGUUUGAUGAUGUCAGGAGGUUUAUACAUUUGGUUGCUUUCUCCUCUGAAUUUGAGUUGCAAUGGCAGGCAGUGCGUACGAACCUUCCACUGAAAGAAUGUUGCUUCUGUAAAUGAAUUCUUCUCUCAUCUAGGGCAAUCUCUCUCCAGCCCACAAGCAACCCACCAGAAGCUCAUUUCAGUUCAGUGGAUAUGACUGCAUUUUCCGUGUAUCCGUGUAUAAUUCAGAAAUACUGUUAAAUGUUUAAAAUUGCAGCAGCAACAAAGAACCCACUGAAAGACCUAAAAUUGAUUGCGUUCAAAAGAGAAGAUCAACAUGGGGGCACCUGGGCGUGAACUGUGGCGAAAUAUGUGUAACCACUUUUUAAAAUAUGAUUUGUGAAAGGGUUUUGAAAGCAAUCGUACCAACUUUGUAUUCCAUAUGUUUUUAAAGCUGAAAGUUUUUUCCCACCUGAAUAUACCUGAGCAGAGAAAUAACUUUUACAAAGGAGAUGUGCAUUGCUGUGGUCUGGGCAAUAUUAUUAUUAUUAUUAUUAUUAUUAUUAUUAUUAUUAUCCUCAUGAUUAAUUAUUUCAAUUGCUAAACAUUUCUCAGUGUAACGUCUGAAGUGGUUCAAGGGUGUUAUUGUCAAAAACAGACACAUUUUCUUUUCUUUCUUU